AUGAUGGACCUCCAUGAAGCUCAGCGCGUGAUUCUGGCUUGUCUGGGCGAGCUGGCAAAUCAAUUCCGCCGCGUGCCCGGUUCGGCGAUACUACUACGCUAUGUGAAGUCAAGCUAUCAAAAUGAUCCGGUGCGAUCGGCGGUGGAGUUGUUCUUGUUCCUGUUCGCGGUGCAGUACCUGCUGGCGCCGAAAUAUUCGACGAAACCGAAUUUUGUGACUCUGACUGAGGAAGAAAUUGACGAUUUGGUCGACGAUUGGACGCCUGAGGCUUUAGUUCCGCCGCGCUCUCCAGAAGAUGAGGCUGAGGUUGAGAAACGCGUGGUAUUGGUUGGGGCAACGGGGCCAAAAUCCAAGCUCUCCAACGGACGAACUGUCGCAAAUCUCGCUUCCUAUAACUACUACAACUUCGUGGGAAACGAAUACCUAAAGGAAAAGGCCAUCCAAACUCUCCGUACGUAUGGUGUAGGCCCUUGUGGCCCUCCCGGGUUCUACGGUACACAAGACGUUCUUAUGCGCACCGAAGCGGACGUUGCGUCGUUUAUUGGGACACCCGCAUGUAUCAUUUACGCACAGGCUUUCUCGACGAUCUCCAGUGUGAUUCCUGCUUUCUCGAAAAGAGGGGAUAUUAUCGUGGCUGAUAAAAACGUCAACUUUGCGAUUCGAAAGGGUUUGCAGAUUUCGAGGAGCAUGGUUCGAUGGUAUGAGCAUAAUGAUAUGGAAGACCUGGAGCGGGUUCUGGCCAAAGUUACGAAGGAACAGGCAAAGAAGCCGCUGACAAGGAGAUUCAUCGUCACAGAAGCGCUGUUCGAGAAUCGUGGCGACAUCACGGAUUUGCCAAAAAUUAUUGAGUUGAGACUCAAGUACAAGUUUAGGCUCAUCCUCGACGAAACGUGGUCCUUUGGUGUUCUUGGGAGAACUGGAAGGGGGUUAACAGAACAUCAGAAUGUUGAUCCUUCGCAAGUCGAUAUGAUUAUAGGGUCACUGGCUGGCCCAAUGAUCGCUGGCGGUGGAUUUUGCGCUAGCUCAGAGGAAAUCGUUAACCACCAACGCAUUUCAUCUACAUCGUACUGUUUCUCAGCAGCCUUGCCAGCAAUCCUCUCCACCACUGCCAGCGAAACGUUAAAUUUGCUUCAGGAAAGCCCGGAAUUAGUAUUGACACUACGGGAAAAUAUCAAAAUCAUGUGGUCUCAGCUAGACCCGCGGAGCGACUGGGUUUACUGCACAAGUGCUCCUGAAAGUCCGAUUAUGUUCUUGGUCAUCAAACCGGAAGUGGUAUCAUCUAGAAGGCUGACCCCUGAAGACCAACAACAGAUCAUGCAGGACGUUGUAGACGAGACUCUUCUUAAUGGCGUUCUUAUUAGUCGACUGAAAACUAUCCCGGACGAAUCGGGGUCUGAGUACCCUAGCUUGCGAGUUCAACCGGCGCUCAAAGUCUGUCUCACUGUUGGCUUGUCCAAAAAGGAAGUUGAGAAAGCGGGCACCACGAUCAGACAUGCGAUUACGAAAAUAAUGAGGCAAAGACGUCCAUGA